AUGGAAAAGAAAGUAGUUUUUAUUAGACAUGCAGAAUCAGAAUAUAAUUUAGCCUAGAGAAUAGCAAAGAAUUCGGUGGCUGAAGUUAAAUUAGAGGAAGAAGAUUAAGAUGUGAAAUACUCAUCUAAAUAUUGUGAUGCUCCAUUAACUAAAUUUGGAAGAGAAUAAUGUGAUCCAACUAAAUUCGAAGACCUCAGAAUUGAGACUGUGGUUGUUAGUCCACUAAAAAGAGCAGUAGAAACAGCUGUAUUACUCUUUUAAAAUCAUCCUAAUAAACCUAAGUUUGUAGUAGAACCAUACCUACGCGAAAUGUUUCUAUCAGGAUGCGAUUUUGGGAUAAGACUAUAAGAAACCAUUAAUGAAUUCCCAUUCAUUAACUAUGAUAGAUUAUUAUCUAACCCCAUAAUAAAAUAGCAUCCAAACAUGUGGUCUCUUGAAUUUAUAUAUAAUUAAAAUAGUGCAAACAUUUUGAAACAAUACAUUAAAGACACUGAAUAUGGAAGUUAGGACUGUAUCGAAAAGGUUUUGGAGUACAUGAAACAGCAUCCAAUUUAAGUAGAAACUUUUGAAGAAAACACUAAAAGGGUUGAAGAGUGCAAGAAGCACCUCUAAUUUGAGGAACCCUUUGUUUGUGUUUCUCAUUCUAGAACGAUCCAUACUUUGACAGGCAAAUUUAUUCAUAAUUGUACUGGAAUUGAAGUAAAUAUAUGAACAGUAUCAAUAAUAUUAUUAAUAAUAAAUCAAUAUGUCUCAA